CAACUUUCCUCCCCACACCACCUCUUCUACCAUGCCUCCAACUCUGGAGAAUAAUUUUGCCAACCCUCCGAACGGUUUGCCUCAACAUGCGCCCCAUGAAUUCGCCUCAAGCUCGCCAGGCGCAGCUUUCUACGCCACUUCACCAGCGGGCUCACCGCACAACUCGGCCUCAAAAGCCCGGAAACCAGGGAUAGAUGCUCUUGAAGGCCUACGCGCUCUUCCUGAGGUCCGACCGAUACCAUGGCAGUCUGGAAAGGAGCUUCCUCCUGAGAAAUCGACGGAAAGCCCGCGCUCGCAGACUCGGGGAGCUUUUCUACUCUCGACGCGGGGUCAGAUCAGGGAUCCACCAUGCACGCACUGCGCUUCGGGGGUGGGACGGUUCUCUGUCUGCGUAUCUUUGGAAGGCUGGUUCCAUGGGGCAUGUGCUACUUGUCAGGCAAGUCCCAACGUCUCAGAGUAUCAAUUCCUCUCGUAGCAAUGUCCAGCAGCUCUUGGGACAUUCUGCUCGCAUACCCAAGAACUCCCGGAGCAUUUUACUCCUGAAACUACCUCAAAGAAGCAUGCUGACUCCAAUUUCUUGGGAACAGAUGGGCACAAGAGGGAAUCUGUGUAGUCUUAGAAAAGAUGCAGCAG